UCCCUCCCUCGGCCUUCCAGUUGACAUUCUGGCGUUGGUAAGGUCGGGUGUCUGCGCCUCUUGCUCCGCCCGACGCUGAGUUACGUUAGUCAGCAGGUAUGUGUGUGUGUGGCUGUGGGUGGCGCUGCGGGAGAACCUACAACACAAGAACAAUGCAACAGAAGCCAGUGUUUACUACUUAGCAGGAGCAACAUAAGCCAGUGUUUACUACUUAGCAGGAAAGAAAGCGCCAAAAAGACAAGGAAAAAAUAGUGCAACAGAAGUCAGUAUUUAAUUCUUAGCGUUACUAGAACCACACAUAAGGAGAAUCAAUGCAGGAGAAUAUGGUAUUAGUCAGUUUAGUACCAGAAUUAAGAACUGUACUUAAGCGUGCACUAUAGUUCCGCCGAAUAGCCGAAUUUAAGAACACACAAACGUUCAUCACAGUCCCGCCGAAUAACCUAAGAUCAGAGUGACUUCGUAAAGCAGAACGGGAACAGAACUGAGAGCGGGGAACAUAAAAGAGAAGGUGAAGGAGAGUGAGAGGGUGAGGGAGAUAACUAAAGUGAUAAGAGAAGCUGUAAAACGAUAAAGGGAUAAACUCAAGAUGGAGAAUAAAGCCUUCGAGAGCGACGACGGGACCCAGCUCAAGGAGAGGAUAGGACAUGAGGGCGUCGGCGGCAGUACGGGCGUGCGGGGGCGCGGGCCGGGCCUCCAGGGGGCAGAGGGCCAAGCUGAAGGCAAGCCACCAGGUUUGGAGGGGGGCAAACCAGCUCCGAAUGACGCUAUUAACCUCGAGAGGCGGGUGGGACUCCUCAGUGGGGUUGCUCUGAUCGUCGGGACCAUGAUUGGUUCAGGAAUCUUCGUGAGUCCCAAGGGUUUGCUGGAACGCACUGGCAGCGUGGCGCUCAGCCUCAUCGUGUGGGCGGCCUGCGGCAUCCUCUCGCUACUGGGAGCACUCGCCUACGCGGAGCUGGGCACGCUGGUCAGUGAGUCCGGGGGCGAGUAUGCCUAUUAUCUGCAAGGGUUCAGCCCGAAGAAGGUGCGACACACGUGGUGGGCGCCGAUCCCUGCGUUCCUUUUCGCGUGGGUGUCCGUGUUCCUACUGAAGCCGUCCUCCCUCGCCAUCAUCUGCCUCACCUGCGCCGAGUACUUCAUGAGAAUAUUCAGCGUGGGGUCCAACGGCUGCCUCCCGCCAGAGCUCUCCGUGAAGCUCUUCGCCGCAACCAUCAUAAUCCUCAUCACGUUCAUCAACUCGUAUUCGGUGAACUUGGCGACGCGUGUCCAGAACAUCUUCACGGCGGCCAAGUUGCUGGCGAUCCUCAUCAUCGUGGUGGGGGGCGUGGUCAAGCUGGCUCAGGGCAACACCACCCACCUCGCCAAGGGCUUCGAGGGAUCCACCUCCAGCUUCGGGGACAUUGCCACCGCCUUCUACAGCGGACUCUGGGCCUACGAUGGCUGGAACAACCUCAACUACGUGACGGAGGAGCUGAAGAAGCCCUACACUAACCUGCCCCGCGCCAUCAUCAUUGGUCUGCCGCUGGUCACCGUUUGCUACCUGCUGGUGAACGUGUCCUACCUGGCCGUCAUGAGUACCGAUGAGCUGCUUGCCUCGGAGACCGUCGCCGUGUUAUUUGGGGAGAAACUGGCUGGACUCCCUGGUGUCCUGACGAUGGUGGUUGCUGUUGCCUUCUCGGCCUUCGGGGCGGCCAAUGGGUCCUCCUUUACUGCCGGAAGGCUGUGCUUCGUGGCCGCCAGGGAGGGACACAUGGUGGACGUGCUCUCCUUCGUCCACACCAAGAAGCUCACCCCCUCACCAGCACUUCUCUUCAACGCCUCGAUUGCACUCAUUAUGGUGAUCCCGUCUGAUAUCGGCUCCCUCAUCGACUUCUUCAGCUUCACCGCAUGGAUCUUCUACGGAGGAGCCAUGACCGCCCUCCUCGUCAUGCGCUACACCAUGCCUGACGCACCGAGGCCCUACAAGGUGCCCAUCAUCAUCCCCAUCAUCGUGCUGGUCAUCUCGGUGUACCUGGUGGUGGGGCCCAUCAUCGACUCGCCUCAGAUCGAGUACCUCUACGCCACCCUCUUCAUCGUGGCCGGCCUCUUCUUCUACUUCCCGUUCGUCCACCUGAAGAAGGCGCUGCCGGGCAUGGGCCACGUGACAACAUUCUUCCAGCUGCUGUUGGAGGUGGUGCCCACAGACGUGAUGCCCGACCCCUAGCCUUGCCGACGUGCGGGCGUGAGGGCGCGGGUGCUGGCGCGGGCGUGCUGGCUGUCGCUUCCUAUCAUUCCAUGAAGUCAAACAAUCAUUACCAGCAGCGGCAGCCACGCCCCGCCAGCCCGCGCCCCGAGCGUUACAGUGAUGACAGUGCUAUAAUGAGUAGACGCUCCCUAGGGUAGCCGUUGGGUGUACUGUGUAGCCCUUAACAAAUGUUUUAUUUUCUGUACGUUGAUCACCGUGGAUAGCAGGGUGGUGGCGGCGGAGGAGGCGGACACGCGGACAAGAGAUGCUUUAUUUUUGGAAAGAUUGAUGUUGCAAGGUUUUUACCCAUCAACGAAAUCUUGUACAAAACUCCGGGAUGAAGGUCCUGCCCGCCGCCCCGCGCCUCCCCGCACCGCCUUGUUUUAUGUAAUCUCAAGGUGAUUCUCCCCAUCCGAUUUUAUAUGUUCGAUAUCGAUAUCUAUUUUAUGACCUUGUAAUAUUUUUUAACACGUUGAUUUUUUAUAUAUUUUAAUCAAUGUUGGAUUUCAGUGUUUAGCCCCCUGAAAAAUUAAUGAUUUACAUUUGUACAACACAUAAAAAAAAUGAAAGGGUUGCCAGAACAUAGAAAGGAGUACAUGUAUAUUAUAAUUUCGUCAGUGGAUGAGAAUGAGUAGCAAUACAGUGAGCCAGUUUCCGGGUUACAAGUCGAGCAUGUACAGGAUAAAGGGUGAUCGUAUGAUACAACUCACGGCUUUAUCGCUUCAACACUUGCCAGACAUUGAUGGCCACGGAGCUAUGUGACGCAAAAGACACAAAACAUUUUCUGACUCACCUGCAGUUCAAGGUCACCACAACCACCACCAUCACCUCACAAUGUCUACGUGUACCAUGACUCACACAGAACAGACUGAAAGAGAAGAUUAAGAAAUAGGUAUGUCGGAAAUGAAGCAGAACUCGAACUAUCAGAACUGAAGCACUGCACCUUACAUCCAAUGACUUGCUAACCAGUCUAUCGUCACACCAAAACACUUCCCAAUACUCGUAGAUAUGGAGGAUGAGCAAGAUCAAAUAAUAUCUAAGAGGAAUACAAUGAGAUCAAUGAAAAAGACAGUUAGGGGAUGAAACUUAGAAUCCAAACCAUAUCAUUAGUUUCGAUGGUCCUCUAAGCGAUACUCAACACCGCAUAUACGACAGCACUGUUCUUAUUGUUUUCCCUAUUAUGAGUUCGGAGUAUUCUCUUAGCCACGAUGGUGAGUGUAGGAACCCCGCGCGAACGUGCCUAGGGUCAGAACACUAUCAAGGUUGUCGCAAGAAUAAGAGGAGGCAGACCAUGUGAGAGGUGUUGCAAGGGGAGAGCUGGAACGACUGUACAAAUUCAACUAUUCACAUUCUUCGCGUGUAUCAUCGUUGCCAAAUUAUAAUACUCAGCACAUUGUAUUUACUGAUUUCUGAUCCGCAACUACUGAAAGAGGAAAAAACAUCUGUAAUUAACGGUUUCAACAAUAACUUUACUUGACUAUCGUUAUUUGUUUGGGGCACGACAGUUUGGGGGUCUGGAACCGAGAAAUUCAUGUUCUAAGUCCUAUGAUCUGGUGACGCUUGUGUGUGUGUGUGUGUGUGUGUGUGUGUGUGUGUGUGUGUGUGUGUGUGUGUGUGUGUGUGUGUGUGUGUGUGUGUGUGCUUCAACAUUCGACGUGCACAUGUGGAGGCCAACACUCAAGCCCUGUAUCAAUUUUACCCAGUCCGUGUGUUGCCUACUUUCGUUGUAUCCAGAGCCCGUGGGGAGUGCGAUGAUUGUCAUGGUUGUCAUAAUUUUUCAUAUUUUUUUCUCAUGUUCUACUAUUUUUAUGAAGUACACAGACUCCGUGAUUCACUGGGAUUGUGUUCUUUAUUUGUGUGUUUGAGCGUUAUUAUUUCUUGUGUGAUUGUGAGCGCGCGUUGAUCCAUGAGGCCUUUUAUUUUGGUUAAAAAUGUGGUAUAAUUCUAUUUUAUUGGCGGUGUGUUCGUAACCAAAUUAAUAUAUUCUUCGAAAAUAUGAAAUUCAGUUUUGUGUGCUUUUGGUGCCUAGUGUGUAAAAUAUGAGGGAGAACGAGUGAAAGAUUUCUAUACUUAUUUUAGCUGUGUGGAGAGGCUUUAUUACACCGUCAGUGUUAUGUUAAUACAAUCAUUAUAAAAAGCGCUUAUUUUCCUUUCCAAAUUAUUUUACUUUACAAUAGAUUCACAUGGACUGCACUGCGUUAUCUGUGAUAGGCUUGAGUGGGGCUCCUGCCUGGAAGAGAAAACAUGUGAUGGAGCAUUUUAUUUUCGUGGUGGCGCUCCGGAGAGGCUAGACACUGAAGAGCCAGAGACGCGGCGCUGGUGAACUCUGCAACGGUGGAGGCUCUCGUCUUGGAGUGACCCGCGCCUCUGCACCAGACGCUGUAGGUCCUGCGAGACAUGCGUGAGGAGGCACAAUUUCAUCUCCAGGAGUAGCACGAGCUUAGCCAAGGGACGGAGGACGCCCCGUUGACGUUGUUUGUCUGGCGUGCAGGAACGGCGACAUACUGCUUCACCACAAAGCCAUUAGGCGCUAGCCCAUCACCCCCUUCAAGUUCUUCAUUCUCAAACGCUUCCCAUCCGAGGGCCGCCAGAGUGUUCCCCCUCCCCCCCUACACACAGCUUUUACUCGACGUUUUAUAUAUUCAUUUUUCAUUCCGACACCCAAACACCCAUUUUCAUCACGACCCUUCUCUUUGACUUUUAAGGUUCACAUCAGUUUGCCUUCACCUUUUACGCCUGAUGUAUGGGAAGGGCAAGAUUUUAGUACACACCGAUAUAUAUUCAUCAUAAUUACUGGGGAGCAUCAGUUUCAUGUGGGCCUCUGCGUGGAGAAUAUGACACGUUCCACCACACAUCAUCAUCGGGAGGGCAAGAGUGUGAUCGUUACGCGGGCUGCUCCGUUCCUCGGCUUCGCUCACUCCAAAGAUCUCGAGGCUCGUUCGUUCACUGCGUCGCGUGUUGCUCGGCGGCUGCGGGGCGGCUCUGAGGCAUCUAGACGUGUAAGGAAGAAUAAAGUUUGUAAAUAUUUAUGAUUAUCGAAAUUUAUAGAUGUUAUAAUACUGUAAAUCACUGUACGGGACUGAAUAAAGAAAUAAAAACAUC